CUCGCUAAAUUUUAUGAUUCAUUAGGACUUGGAUCGGUUCAAAGUGUGGUUGUUUACAAGAAUGUAAGAAAACUAAGGCACGCGCUUGAGAAGCGCACAUAUUAUUUAAGGAUGCUUGAAAGGGCCUACCAAGAAUAUUUGGGUAAUCCUUGUGAUUAUCCUGGUUAUGAUCCUGAUGAAGCACUCAAGGAAUUUGAACAAACUAGACAAAUUUCGGUUCUUUCAAAUAUUCCAAAACAACGUCCAACAAUCCGGGCUGGUUUUCUAGGUUUAUUUGGCAAAAAAGUUGAUAAGAUUGAGCAUUACACAAAUUUGUUUAACCACUAUGACAAGUUAGUUGAACACG